AUGAUUACUAAAUUGGACAAGGACUGGUAUAAAAUGAACCACCACUUUCAGUCGCAUAAUAAUGGUGAAAGUCCAAACGCUGAAGUCAAUGACAAUAGGUAUAUAAGUUGCGAUAUUCCCAAGGAUCAUGGUGAUUACAAGGAGUUUAACUGGGAGUUUAUUGAACGACCUGGAUAUGAAAACAAAAAUGGAAACAAGGACAAUUCAAAUAAAACUGGACUUAUCGUAGCGGUGUCCAUGUUAGCCACAAAGUUAGUGCUGACGAAGGUGAGUUGA